GUGAUCUUUGUAGGUCUUCUUUUUUACAGACCUCUUACGCUUUGUGAGUUUUACUUCAGGCAGAAGAAACUCAACAAGGAGUAACAAAAUGGGAAAGAGCGGCAGCAAACUGAGCGCAGAGGACGCGCAGACGUUGCAGACCACAACUCACUUUGACAAGAAAGAAAUACAGAAAUGGUAUCGAGACUUUAUGAAGGAUUGUCCCAACGGUUACUUGAAGAAGGAGGAAUUUCAAAAGGUUUACCAGCAGUUCUUUCCCAAAGGAAAUCCGUCAAAAUUUGCAAAUUUCGUUUUUAACGUUUUCGACUCUGACAAGGACGGCUUCAUUACGUUCAAAGAAUUUAUUUCUGCCCUUUCCGUGACGUCACGAGGAAACCUGGACGAAAAGUUAGAUUGGGCUUUCAAUCUUUACGAUCUUGAUCAUGACGGUUUUAUUACAAGAGAAGAGAUGUUAAACAUAGUAGAUGCCAUCUACUCCAUGGUGGGAAACGCUAUGGACUUGCCGGAGGAUGAGAACACACCUGAGAAGAGGGUUAACAAAAUAUUCUGUCAGAUGGACCAGAACAAGGAUGGCAAAUUGACGAAAGAUGAAUUCCGAGAAGGCUCGAAAUGCGAUCCCUAUAUCGUGAAGGCGUUGUCUGCUGGACUAGGAGGGGCGGAAAGCUGCCCGUCGUGAAUUGAUUUUAGAAAGUUUGCCAAUGUAAUUAAGCAUGUUACCCAAACAGAACCGAUGUACUAUUAUUUUAUCAGACAGAACUUGUUAUUCAUUUUUUUGCCAUUGUACCCGGUAAACUUUAUUUUGUGUUUUAACAAGCCUAAUAAUCUUACCACGCGCAGUGUUGAUUUUAAAUUUAAGUUUUACACUUGCCGUCUCAGUGGUCAAAUUAAACAGGCUGUAUGAGAUGUAACUCCCAACACAAUACCACUAGAACAUUACAUAAUGCUGUAUACAUUUCUGGUGCUUUUUAUCGUUUUACCCUCUGGUGUUCUUGGUAUGAAAGAAUUAAACAGUUGCCUAAACACA